GCGAUGAUUGGCUGUUCUGCUUCUUGCGUAGAGAUUUACACCGGAUGUGAAACAUCCAACGUUCAGUUUACACGAAAGAUCUACCAUAAGACAGUUGUGACCCACCCAUAGUUGGGAGAAUGUCUGAUCGAGGUGGACAUGGUCGUGAGCUGGCUGGAUUGGAUGGUCUUCCGCCGCUGCACAGUAUUGCCAAAGGAGAGGUAGUCUCUGUGCAAAGCUACGGCGCCUUUGUCCGACUGCCAGGUUACAGGAAGGAAGGUUUGGUUCAUGUGAGUGAGAUGUCUGCCUCCAGAGUUGAAAGUGCCUCUGAGAUUGUGGAUGUUGGAGAACAUGUGUGGAUCAAAGUCAUUGGGUGCGAGAUUCAAGGGGACAAGGUGAAGCUGUCCUUCUCCAUGAAGGCUGUAAAUCAGGGGACAGGACAAGACUUGGACCCCAACAAUGUUAGGGCAGAUCAGGAUGCGAGGCGCAGGAAGCAGUUCAGAGAUCACACGAGUAACAGGAUCACCCUGGAGGCUGUACUCAAUACGACGUGUUCAAAGUGUGGCUGCAAAGGUCACUUUACAAAGGACUGUUUCUCAGCUCCGGGCUUGCAGUAUGCUCUUGUGCCUGAAGAGGACGAUGAAGGGGCACGGGAGCAGCAGCAGACCGCCACAAUCAGGCCACCACAAGACUCGGACAAAAAGAAGAGAAAGAAGGAAAAGAAAAUGAAGAAGAAGAAGAAGAGGGAGAGAAAGGAGUCAGAUAGCGACAGCAGCAGCGAGUGUAAAACAAAGAGGAGGCGUCAUAGCAACAGUCUCGACAGGCAGGAGAAGAAAAAGAAGAAGCACAAGAAACAGAAAUCACACAAGCACAGCUGAGACAGCUGGAAAGCUACACACACACACACACACACACACACACACACACACACACACACACACACACACACACAAGAGUCUGUCACUCCACCACUAUCACACAUGCACAUGUUGAUAAAACAAAACGAUAGGCUUGUGGUCUCUUAUCUCGUCAUUAUUCAUUAUAAACCACAAGCUAACUAUAGAAAAUACAGUCAUAAUUUAGCGGUUUCCUUGUUUUUUUACUGGUAACACAUUUCCUGUGAAAGCUCAAAGAAAAAUGCUGUUUUAAAACGAAGGGUCAUGUGACCAUCCCCGUCUGGCCUGGAGUAACCUCUGACGCCCACAGCGAUACGAGUCUUCGCCUCUUGUGUAAUCAAAUAUGUGUAAAUUAUAUGGCAGCAGGAGACAUCAAUGUUCUUUUGAAAUACAGACAUUGUUUACAGCUCUCCGGUUUCUGAUGGAAAUCAGUUAACGAGACAUUGGGGGGUAAAGCUGACAGACAGACACACACACACUGUCACUCACAGACACAAACAGGAAAUGUAAUACCGCAUGAGUGAACACCACAGGACCCUCAUAUUAUGGUGACAUUCAGAUUUCAGUUUAUGUUUUCAUGUUGCUGUAGAUGCAUGUGUUUAUGUGUGUAUUUCCACAACCCGCUUCCUGACCUGCUGACUCCAUUAAAUCUGUUUUCACCUGUGAAGACAACAAAGAGCCUCCUGACUUCUCUUUGUCCAAAGACCUUGAAGUCAUAAUGUUGCAGUUAAAAUCUGCCCUACGGCCCAGAGUACAUACCAGCACAAGGUCACGUCCAGUUAAUGUUUUCAAGCAAGGUGGUCGGUCAAAUAGAGCUGGUCAUGCUUUGCACAUGAAAAGUAUUCACACCCCGUUUUUCAUAUUUUGACAUUAAAAAUAGCACUGGAUGUAAGUGAGCGGGAUUUUUUUUUUCUCCAGAUAGAUGUGACGGAGAAUGAAAAUGAUUCGUGUUUUUAUUGAAUCUAGUCACGUUUACUCUGAAGCCCAUCAACAAAUCCAAUACAUCAAAACUGCUCUCAGAAGUCUCAUAAUCUUUAAACAGAAUCAAUACCAAUAACCUCCAGAAGUCCACCUGUUUAUAACGUAAUGUUAUUUCAGUAAAAGAGGUUUGUUAGGGAGCACUAAUGAGGCUAAAUUCAAAAUAUUUAGUGGCAGAAAACUAGCACUGCACAUUAUGCUAGACAUAAUGCUCAUGGUGAAAAGUGGUAAGAAGAGCAUGAAUCAGUAAGAGACUUUCUUCGGAAAGUAAAUGCUGAAUGUUGAUGUAGCUAAAUACAGACCAAUUAAGAAAAAAAAGUACAAAAUUAAAAACUGGAAAAGACUUGAGACUGGAGCGGAGGCUCACAUGGAGGGCAACAACUAUAAAGCUACAGUAUAAUGAUAAACAUCAUUAUACUGUACUAAAUCUGAUAUUUAGAGAUGUUCUCCAUUCAAUCUGACCCAAAAUGGCCAGAUAUGUUAUUCUCUAGAUGUGUAAAGCCUGUGUAGCUAAAUGCUGCAAAGAAUUGCAGCUGGAAUUGCAACAAAAGCUGAUUCCACAACGCGCAGACUCAGAGUGGGUCGGGCUGAAUAUGGAUCAUCUCCACAUGUUUUAGAUAAUUUGCAAAAAACUUAAAAGCUGCAUAAUUUUCUUUCUGCUUCAGAAUUAUGCAUAGCUUGGUGUAACAUUUAAGUAAAAAAAACAAAACAAGUGUGUACCCUAUUUCUGAUUUUUUGCUGUAACAUAAGGUUGGUGAGAACCAUUUUAAGCAAUAUAAGAAUCCCAGAAAACAUUCAGUUUUUUGUAAGUUUUUGUGGGAAACUUACAAAAAAAAUGCUUUGCUCUGCACUGACCCAGAUUCAACUUUCUGCUUGUGAUAUUUGACAGAUUAUUUCCAGAUGCAGUGGUUUGAAACGGCUCCAGCACAGCCCACUGGCAAUAAAUUUGAUCUAAAGAAUCCUCUCCAUUUCUUCUUCUCUUGUUUACUCCAUGUGGAUAUAAUAGACAGUCCCAAACUUUCAUAACCAGAAUUGUAACCCUGUUGUGGUCAGUCGUUUUGUGUUUUACUUUGUUUCUUUGGAAAUGAUUAAUAACAAUUAUUGUUUUCCUAAACGUGAAAUUGCUGUCCUUAAACAUAAACAACAAAACUCAAAUUUUGAAGGGAAACUGAAAUAUUUGCUUUUCAGCUACAAUAAAAAAGAUAAUGGUACUUUUUGAAAAAAAAAUGGAGCAUGUUAUUUACCAGAGUUACUGGGCUACCGCCUCCAGCUAUACUGAUCUAAAUAGUGGCCAAAUGAUGCUGACUGACCUUCAGAAAGACAUAUAUUACAGUAAAAUGACUUAAAACUCAAGAUUAGAUCUCAUCACAAGCUUCACAUUUGCUGUACGCUUUCCUCUUUAUCUCAACAUCUUCUUUGGAGAAAAAAACAGACUCUUUAUCAGUAUAAUUUGAACAGUUUGCCAGUAAUAGCAAGUUCCAUUUUAUUCUGUCACCAUACUUUAUGACAAACACUAAGAUCAACAAUAUUGUAAUUAUGAACCACACUGUAAUCAUUUAUAGUUUUAACUUUGGUUUAAAUAAAACCACAGAACGAUCCUGUUUCUAAUAAAAGUGCUUUUGUGUCUUGUGUUCAUUUCUUUUUUUUUUUCCCCAUUCAAAAAUGUUUACAGGCUUCCUUCUUUAAAUCGUAAAUCAUCGUUUGGUGCUGCUGGAGGCGGCACACGAGCCAUGUCAGUCAGAAUGAACAUUAAAGGUUCUGAAUAUUGGUUCUUUAUUAGCUGUAAGCCACAAUUAACAAACAUCAAUAAAAAUAACUA